AUGCUCAACAUUGACCUUCGAGUGGACGACCCUUGUAACAGGGUUUAUCAUAUGACUCUUAAAGCUAUCUGGUGCAAUAAAAGCUGUACAGCCGACCUGCUAUUGUGUUGUCUACCAGUACGGGAGGAGCUGACGUCUGACAUGAGCUCCACCUCAGCACUGUCACGAGAGGAAUGUCGCAAGAUCGUAAAGAGGCACCUGCAGAGGGACGACUUCGAGUUGGCAUGGUUUGCAGUGGCUCCCCUUAGCACAGACAUGAAGGGCUUCAUGGGCGAUCACCUGAAGCUGCGUACAUCGGUGUCACUAGGCGACAAGGAAAGCCGAGGGGCGAAGACCAUCGAACCGCAGUUCUUCGUGAAGUCGGUGCCUCUGGAUGACGCCUACAGGAGGAGUUUCGCUAUGGCGUCUGUGGCCUACCAGAAGGAGGUCCUGUACUACGGUGAUCUCCUUAGGGACGUGCAGAAACACCUGCGCUGCUCGGAGUACGAGGCUGCUACGUACCUGGGCACUGUCCCGCAAUGCUACUACUUGCGGCCGGACUUGCUGGUGUUGGAGGAUCUGGCUUUGGCCGGCUUUCGCGUGUUGGACCCCAUGAAGCCACUGGACGUCCACCAGUGCGAGUGCGUGCUAAAGGCGCUGGCGCGACUCCACGCCACGUCCAUCGUGUUCGAGGAGCGAGAGGGCCGGCGACUGGCCGACAAGUACCCGCUUCUUGGGCACGAGACUCUCUAUCGGUGGGAGCCGGACUCUCAACUUUACCUCGCACAAGUCGCCAGCCGCCGCGCUACACACAUUUUGCUGGACCUCGUGCCUCGCUUCGCACCGGGCACGCCUCAUAACGAAAAGCUACACAGCCUCCUUGACACUGUUAUGGAAUCAAUCUACGAACUCUUGAAACCGAGUGACAAGUAUCGUAACGUGCUGUGCCACAGAGACCUGUGGGUAAACAAUAUGCUAUUCGCGGAGGACACCAAGGGCGAGCUGUCGGUGCGGUUCGUGGACUUCCAGACACUUCACCUGGAGCCUCCAGCACACGACGUGGUACCCUUUCUGCACUUGGUCACUCAGCGCGACAUGCGACGUGUCCACGGCCAGCGGCUGCUGGAGCUAUACCACCAGACACUGGCCGACGUGCUGCGCCAGCACGACCUCGACAUCGACUCCCUCCUGCCCCUGCAGAUCUUCCUGCAGUCAUGCGAGGACACCAAGCCAUUGGCCGUCCUCCUAGCCGCCUACGACUUCGACCUGGAGAGUUUGGUAUUGGACCGUAACGACCUGGUGAAGGCCACAUACCAGCAUGAAGAACGCUAUCGUUCGAGGAUGACAGAGGCUGUGGAGGAACUGGUUGAGACCUGCCUCAUGCCUCGCCUACGGGAACAGCAGCGGUGA